AUGGUCGUGCCUGACGAAAAGGUACCCUCCGUCGAUCCCCCGACCUCCCCGGAGACCCGCACCCACGCUGCACCUCUCACGGACGCCCAGAAGGAACACUUUCGCGCCCAUGGUUGGCUUCGCGUGACAGAAUGCUUUACUCAGGAGCAGGCCGACUGGGUCAACAAAGACCUCUGGUCCCGCCUCGGCAUGGACCCAAACAACAAGUCAUCAUGGCAAGCACGCACCCACAUGCCCGCCCAUCGCAGUUUCGAUGCCCAGGUCUUCGCCCCGAAAGCCUGGUCCGCCAUCACUGAGCUCUGCGCGGCGAGAUCGAGUCGUCCCCGAGAGCCGCCAGUGGCGCGACUCGCUCAUCGUCAAUCUGGGCAGCCCCGAGUUCGAGGACAAGCACGUCCGUCCCCAGGACCUCGACAACUGGCACGUCGACGGCGACUUCUUCGUCCACUACCUCGACUCGCCAGAGCAGGGCCUCCUCGUGAUCCCCCUCUACUCGGACAUCGUCCCCGGCGGCGGCGGCACCAGGCAUCUGCCCCGACGCCCUACCCAAGGUCGCCCGCCACCUGCACGACCACCCCGAGGGCGUCUCGCCGCACAUGGUGCCCCGCGGCGACGCCGACUUCGCCCAGGAGACGGGCCUCGGCUUCUUCGCCGACAUGGCGCGCGGCUGCGAGGACAGCGGCUUCGUCGAGGCGCACGGCGCCGUCGGCGACGUCUUCCUGCAUCGCUCAUGCUGCACUCGCGUCGCGGAACCCCCUGCGCCGCCUGCGCGUCAUCACGAACCCGCCCAUCUUCUUGCGCGCACCGCAGCGCUUCGACCGCGACGACUGCGCCUACAGCCUCGUCGAGCAGGUCACGCUGCGGGCCCUGGGGGCCGAGUCCCUCCCCGGCUGGCGCAUCACGGCGCCGAGGGAGUUUCGUGUGCCGCACCGCCUCAAGGUGCAGCAGAAGAGGAAGGAGGAGGAGUUGAAGAGGCUCGGCGGCGGGGUCGAGCAGCCGGGGCCUGCGAUUGGCGUGCCUGCGGCGUGA